AUGACAUUAACAUUACAAAUAACAGCACCAUUUAGUAAUAGAGAGGGGGUAUACAUGGAACCUUCAGCAGUAACAGCCUACAAAACAUGUCCUAAUAAUCCACAGGCUGAAAUAGAACGAUGUUUGAAUAUGACCGGUAUACAACCUGAAGCUGAUAUGGUGGCGGGGACAAAAAUUAUUGGUGAUACACAACGUACACGGCGGAUCUGUAGAGAUGGGACUCUAGAUAAAGCUAUUCACUGUCUAGAGAAUAUAUUUAAUGCCUGUGUUGAUACACCCGAUAUAGAAAACAUGAGAAAAUUAGUCAAUGUAGAACGGUGGAAGACGGGGAUGAAUGUUAUAUGUGAUAAUCUAGAAGUUAUUAUAGUCAAUGAUAAAUGCCUAACUGACGCCAACAAUAACAGCCAAGCCUGUGUUUUAAGUAGAAAUAUCGAGUUUAGAACAAAACUUCAAGCUAAAGUUCGUUCUGGAGAUUCCAGCCCAGUAGAAAUAAUGACUUUUAGUUGUAUAUUUGCUGAUAGAAUUGUAGAUUGUUUGAGAAAGCCUUUGGUUGAGCUGUGUCCUAGCAAUGUAACGAAUGCCAUGAUGCUGGUGGUCAAAUCGUUCAUGCCUCCAAUUUGUGAUGAAUAUUGGGGGAGUGCCGACAGUUCGUCUAUUUUUACAGCUUCGAUUUCACUGUUAUUAUGUGGAUUAGUAGCAGUUGGUGUGUCUUGGUGA